AUGGCUGAUGAGAACCAUGUCCGUCUCACCGAGGUUCAGCUUAUUCAAUCGGAAUUUGGGUGUCCUCUAGAAGAUUGCUAUAAAAUGGCCGUUCAGUAUUAUAAGAAAGAACAUGUUGGCAAGCAGGAGCCCGUUCAGUAUGAGGACCGUAUUAAGCUAUUGUCGCUGAGCAAGCAGAUCCAAAAUGGCCCCAUCACUGACGAAUUCGACAAUGCCGGUUGGCUGGAUAUCACUGGGAACGACGUGAACAAAGCUUGGCGUGAAUUGGGCUCACUGUCUCGCGACGAAGCGAUGGCAUCGUUCGUGUUCCUCGUCGAUCGUGUGUGUCCGCCGUUCAAAGGAUUCAUCUCGGAUAAGAAGGCCAUUUUCUCCUCCUCUUUUCGCUUAAAAAUGAGCCCCAAAACUGCCUGCUUUCUCCAGGAAAAAGAGGCGGAACUCAAAGAAUUUGCGCCACAAGUCACCGAACAAAGCGCACAGCCACCGUCCCUUCAACAAGUCGAUCAGCGACUUUUCGAGGAUCAGAGAAAACAAAUCCAAGACGCGCUGAACGCCCAAACGUUCCACCAAUUCUCGGCGUACGCUCAAGAGCAAUUCCCCGGACAGCCCGAGCAACAGACGACACUGAUUCGACAGCUCCAAGAGCAACACUAUCAACAGUACAUGUCUCAAGUCUACGCCCAGCAAUCACCCAAUCCAAAUGGAGAGUUGAGCGCAGAGGAAGCACAUCAACAGGCGAUUCGACGUGACGACGAUUCGGAUGUGUCCGAUGAUGAGGCUGGAGAGGAUUUGCCUUCAAAUCCUGCGAUCUCACCAGCAUCACUGUGGAAUCGACAGGAUAUCAACGAGUUCAAGGCGAAUAUCAAAAAGGACGGAACCGAGGGAAUCAUCAAAGUUGGGCAUGGAGAAACGGUGACGGUCCGCGUCCCAACGCACGAGAACGGCACGUGCCUAUUCUGGGAAUUCGCCACCGAUCACUACGAUAUCGGAUUUGGUGUGUACUUCGAGUGGACGGUGGCUGAUAGCAAUCAAGUAUCAGUUCAUGUCAGUGAAUCCGAUGAUGAGGAGGAUUAUGAUGAGGCGAUUGAGGGGGAAAACGGAGAGGGCGGAGCACCGGGAGGGCCAGGAGACGUUGAGAGUGGAGGAGGCGGAGCGAUGCAGACGAGACGCGUCGAUCCGAAUAAGCCGCGACAAGACGAAAUCAUCCCAGUCUACCGCCGGGACUGUCACGAGGAGGUCUACGCUGGAAGUCAUCGUUAUCCGGGACGCGGUGUCUAUCUGCUGAAAUUCGACAAUUCGUACUCUCUGUGGCGCUCGAAGACCCUCUACUAUCGUGUUUAUUACAGCAAAUAA